CAGGUUCUUUGACUCAGUCAGGCUGGUUCAGGUGCACGUGCUGGAGAGGGGAUUUCUGGACAAAACGGCUGCAACCAUGAGUGUGGAGAAAAUGGAAAUGGAAAAUCUGUCCGAUUCCACUUAUCUGAAGAAGAAGAGUAAGAAACUUUCAGGGUCCAAGCCUCAAAACAAGUUUGAGAGAUUGUUCCAGCCCUGUCUUGCUGAAGUUGUGGGGACCACGUUCUUUGUUUUCAUCGGCUGCGUGUCCGUCAUCGAGAACGUCCCUGCAGCGGGACGGCUGCAGCCGGCUCUGGUGCAUGGCCUGGCUGUGGCAGUAAUGGUGGCUGUCAUGGAUAACAUCAGUGGCUCCCACUUCAACCCUCCCUUCACCAUUGCUAUCUACCUGUGUGGAGGCUUGGAGCUGAAAAUGGUGGGCCCCUACCUUGUGAGCCAAUUAACUGGAGGAGUACUCGGAGCUGGAAUGGCUAAGCUGAUGACCCCUGAGCAACGCUACAACAACGCAACGGGAGCAGCGUUUGAUAUCCUCAAGUCAGACAGCCAGCUGUAUGGGGCCAUUUUUGGAGAGCUGGCGAUGACCUGCCUGGUGACCGUGGUGGUGCUGCUGGGGGCGGUCAACGGCAAGACGAAAACACCGCUCGCCCCGUUUCUGGUGGGCUGUACUGUCACUAUUAACAUCUUGGCAGGAGGUGACAUUUCAGGAACAUGUCUCAACCCUGCGAGGGCUUUUGGUCCAGCUGUGUUCACCAACCACUGGACCUACCACUGGGUGUACUGGGUCGGACCCAUCGCAGGAGGUCUGACGGCUGCUGCUUUGGUCAGGCUCGUUCUUGGAGAUAAGAAGUUACGAGUUGUGAUGAAAUCCUGACAGCCAGA